GUGUGCGGAGGGUCUGUUACUACGAUAUCUUUGUACUUGGUACAGCAACCACCAAGACACUUGAUCUCGAGAUAGGAACCAAGAGAUGCUUGUUCUUUAGAAGAAGAAGAAGAAAUCUAAUUUAUCUGUGUUCCACGUGAAGUAAACUCCGUGUGAUAUUAUCCUUCAAAGUUCAGCACCACAAGACUACCACCAUCAGUCAUACUACAUGUGGACCUUGGUUCAAUUUACAUACAUUUCAUUCUGACGCCCCCUCCUCCCACUGCCAGACCGUUCAAACCAAGGACAGCCACCCCCAAUAAAUAUUGCAAAUUUAUGCUCGGGGUGUGUCGCCGACUGGCAAGCCUCGUGGUUCUUGUAGUUUUUCGCCAGCAUCGGAGAUAAACUCCCGCACCAAGGAAACAGAGGCCAGAUGCAACGAAGCGACUCCCACCAGGCCGGAGGCGGGGUCAGCGGCGAUGCUACCUCAUUACCGACCUUGAAUCCCGUGCUUAGUCGUUAUGUCGAUGCCGUUUUCAAAUCACAUACCGACAGGAACACUGGGAAGUGGCCCAAGGAUCAGAUCGCCACUUUUCUCCGGGUUGUCCAGGGCGAAGAUGGUGCUGAGCCUCAGUCGGCCUUGCUGAAGCAGUCGGACCUCGACCUCGAGGGUUUCGUCUCCUACAUGCUCUCCCCGGAAUCGAGCAUUAUCGGCCCUGCCAAAGACCAGGACCUGUCGUGGCCGCUCGCAAGCUACUUUAUAAGCUCAAGCCACAACACCUACUUGACCGGCAAUCAGCUUUACAGCCUGUCCAGUACCGAAGCAUACACCAACGUUCUACGCCGCGGUUGUCGCUGUAUUGAGGUUGAUGUCUGGGACGGAGACGCUUCCGAUGCCGAGGUCUCGAGCGUCAGCAGCGACGAUGAUGAUCCUGAUAAGUAUGCGAAACGCAAAGAGCGCGUCGGUCAAAUCAAGGACAAGAUACCCAAGUCGCUCACGUCUCGCUUCAGAGAAUCAUCCCUAGCCAAGCGCCUGGGGCAGUUUGUGGACAGCAAAACCGAGCCCAAACAGCCGCCGAUUUCAACAUCAAACUCUCAGGGUUCUGGUGGUCCUUCGCCCUCGGCUCUGACCCGCGGCGCCGAUGAAGACAGCACAAACGACCAGAACCUAUCUGCUCUACAGAAGACACAGACCCACGAAGCGCCGGUGAUUGAGCCAAAGGUCUAUCACGGCUAUACUCUCACAAAGGAAGUAUCGUUCCGUGACGUCUGCUACGCUAUCAGAGACGAUGCCUUUACGGCCUCGGACCUACCGCUCAUAGUCAGUCUUGAGGUUCACUGUGGGCCGGAGCAACAGCUGUGCAUGGUUGAUAUAAUGGAGGAGGCAUUUCAAGGAUAUCUUGUUCCCAAACCAGCAGAAGAUGCAGCAGUCUUGCCAUCCCCCGAAGCUCUCCGAAACAAGAUCUUGAUCAAGGUCAAAUACGCUCCGCCAGUCGAUGCUCCUGAGGUGGCUGGUACUUCGCCAUCAUCGGUAGAGGAUGUGCAUAGUAACGCUGUCCUGGCUGCCACGGACUCAGCAAAGUCAGCUCCAAUGUCAUCGACGUCAGAAACGCUGUCGCCUUCAACCACGAGUCCAAAUUUGGACACGCCAAAGAAGAAAAAGAAAAGCAAAAUCAUUCAGAGGCUCAGUGACAUGGGAAUUUUCACUCGUGGGGUCUCGUUCAAGAGCCUCUCCCAGCCUGAGGCCGUGAUGCCCACUCACAUUUUCUCGGUGUCCGAGAAGGCAGUGUUGGACUUGCACGAGAAGUAUGGGCAAGAGCUAUUUGACCAUAAUAGGCACUACCUGAUGCGAACUUAUCCCUCUGGCAUGCGUAUUGGCUCGUCAAACCUCGAUCCUGUCGUAUUUUGGAGAAAAGGAAUUCAGGUUGUUGCAUUAAACUGGCAGAACUGGGACGAGGGCAUGAUGCUCAAUGAAGGGAUGUUUGCAGGUACCAGGGGCUACUUGCUCAAGCCAGAAGGUUAUCGAGGCAAUAAGUCAGCUGCAACGCCAACCUCAACUUCGGGGCAAACGCAGGCCACGGCGGUUAGACAUCGAACCCUCGAUCUUGCCGUCGAGGUAUUUGCCGCACAGAAUAUUCCCCUCCCGCCGGGGGAUGAGAAGGUGAAGUCCUUUAGGCCAUAUAUCAAGUGUGAAAUUCACGUGGAGGAGCCCGGUGAACGACAUGGGGGCGCUGAUGCCGUUCCACACAAUGGUCGAGAGAAGGAAGGCGAGUUCAAGGCUCGUACUAAGACGAUCAAGGGAACUGUUGACCCGGACUACGGUGGUGAAAUUCUAAGGUUCUCCGCUAUUGACGGUGUAGUCGAGGAACUCUCUUUUUUGAGGUUCACUGUUCGUGACGAUGAGCUAGGUAGAGAUGAUCUAGCAGCUUGGGCAUGCGUCAGGCUCGACAGGCUCAGGGCUGGGUAUAGGAUCAUCCGCCUGCUCGAUGGUAAGGGAAUGGAGAGUGACGGGCUGGUUCUGGUCAAGAUUUCCAAGAGUAUCUAUGACUGCUAAAUGCUUCAGACUUUGUAUUGGCGACCAGUCGCGAUGGGGGUUUCAUUCCAUUGCCGAUAGUGAAUACCUUGAUUCGCUGCUUUGAUGUUUCUAACUGGCUGCUGUCCUCAGCCUAUAACCCUAUCAUCUGUCAAUUGGGAAGGAGCAGCAACAAUUCUAUGCGGCGCGGUGCGCACAAAUCCACCGCGCGACGAAUUGCGACAGAUUGACCUCUCUAUAGAGAUUGGGUGCGUCGGAUACAGCUUUCUUUCAUACAGUUUGCUAUUGGCCUCGUCAGACAUAAACUCUUUCACGCUCGAUAAAUCCAGCCUGUGAAAAUGUGAAAAUAUCACAGUAUGAUCAU